CGGAUUGGCUCCGGGACGAGGACAAGUUCGUGAAGAUGCUCCUCCUGGACAGCAGCUUCGUGCUCGUCUUCAGCCUCAUGUUCGGCAAGGCCGGCCGCUCGGAGGUCACCAGGGACCGAUUCAUACUGUACACGGCCUUGGCGCAGUACGCCGACGAGAUCAAGCUCGACCUGCUCGUGCUGGAGAACCAGAUCCCCUUCGCCGUCGUCAAGCUGCUCGCCACCUCGUGCCGCGGCCUGAAGCUCCGCUCCGUCGAGGAGCUGGUGCUCGGCUGCGUCGACGGCAUCUGCCCGACCAGGGCGCGCGGCAAGGCCGAGUUGUUGCUCCGGGAGACGACGGACGCGAGAUUCCAUCACAUCCUACACCUCUUCCACUGGUCGCGCGUCCCGGAGAACAAGUACCGCCUCCUCUCGGUGCAACUGAAGUUUCGCGAGGCCACGGAGGAAUCGGAUCAGUCGGAGUGGCUCAUGCCUUGCGCCAGAGAGCUGCAUCGGGCGGCGGUGUGGUUCCGGAAGCCCUCUCUGGACGGGGCGGAGAGGCACGGCGGCGACCUCAACAUGGAGUUCCGGAGCGCGGCGGCGAGCCCGAUGGCGGUGAUGACCAUCCCGAGCUUCCACAUCCUCGCCUACACCGCGGCUCUGCUCCAUUCCAUGCUGGCCUUCGAGAAGCACUUCCACUGGGCGCACGGUGCCUGCGUGAUGGUACACCUCAGGCGCAUGGAGGGCCUCAUACGGUGCCCGCAGGACGCGGCGCUGCUUCGCCGCCGGUGGAUCCUCGGCAGCGUCAAGUGCACCGACGAGGAGGUGGUGGAUUUCUUCCGUGACAUGGCCGCGGAGGCGGCCGGGGUGCGCAUGCCCGAAGAGUACGGCGAGAUGAUCCGCGCGGUGGCGCGGCACAGGACGAGGCGGGCGCGCAGAUGGUGUGGGGACUUGAUACUUCACUUCCUCCCGUCGCCCUGGGUGUCCGUCUCGCUCGCCGCCGUGGUUGCGCUCAUCAUUGUGCCGGCGAUGUUGCAGACAAUCUACACCAUUUUGGGCUACCAAAAGUAGACGAUUUCGAGAACCAACAGUCCAACAUAUCGGAGGAUGAUUGUUUGUUGUCCAAGUGUCCAUGGUAACUUGGUCAAUCUUGAAACUUCGCCCAGACACUGUGCCGUGGUAUAUGUGCGUGUGUGCUGUACUUGAUGUUUCUCAAACAAAAAAGGAGGGUUAGUGAUCUUCAAUGUAAAAGGAAAGUCUAUGUCUCGAAUUGCAUCACUGUUUGUAACUCAAUUGGACUGGUAUUACAUUUGUUUUCCAGCAGCAACAAUAAGGCAUUUCAUGUUGUAA